CGGAAGUGAAUGCUCGUUGCUCCUGUAUUUCUUGAAGUAAUCUUCUUAAAAGAAGGACACUUGGUUUAGUAAACGCUCGCACGUACAGAUUACGUUGAUCGGGUUGAGUACAGCAGCAGCCUGUCGGGUUCUCCGUGUCUGUAAUUGGGGAUUGACGAAGAUAAAAUGGAAGUCGAAUCAGAGUGUGAAAAGGGGAAUAGGUGAAAUGGAAGUAGUUUAUUCUGCUCAUCCAUUCAUUCAUUAACGAGGCAGUAACCUCCGGUUGUGUGGUGGGAAUCCCGCUGACGUUACAAACAGGUUGUUCUGCACAACUGGCAAAAUGAGGAUGAUCACCUUCUUCUUGGUUGGACUGACGGUCCACGUGGUCUUCUUUAUUUCUAUCUUCGACAUCUACUUCACCUCCCCCUUGGUCCACGGCAUGGCGCCCCAGACCACACCGCUGGCACCGCCCGCCUCCAGACUGGUGUUAUUGGUGGCCGACGGCCUCCGAGCUGACAGUCUCUUCACCUUACUCCCCAAUGGCUCAUCCAGGGCCCCGUACCUGAGGAGUGUGAUGGAAGAGACAGGCACCUGGGGUGUGUCACACACACGUGUACCAACUGAGUCUCGGCCUGGUCAUGUUGCUCUCAUCGCCGGCUUCUAUGAGGAUGUUAGUGCUGUUGCUAAAGGCUGGAAGGAGAAUCCUGUGGAGUUUGACUCUGUGUUUAAUGAGAGCAGACACACCUGGUGCUGGGGCAGCCCUGAUAUUCUGCCUAUGUUUGCCAAAGGUGCCAGUGGAGACCAUGUGGACACCUACACGUACCCAGCAGAGGAGGAGGACUUUGCCUCCACUGAUGCCUCCAGACUUGACAGCUGGGUGUUCACUCAAGUCAAAUCGUUCUUUCAGUCGGCAAAGUCGAACUCAAGUCUGAGGGCCAGCUUGCUCGAAGAUAAGAACAUCUUCUUCCUGCAUCUGCUGGGCAUCGACACAAACGGACACGCCCACAGACCAAUGUCGCAGGAGUACCUGGACAACAUUGGUUUAGUAGACACUGGUUUAGCUGAGUUGGUGUCCAUAGUGGAAGACUUCUUCGGUUAUGAUGGCAGAACAGCCUAUGUGUUCACCUCUGAUCAUGGAAUGACAAACUGGGGUUCUCACGGUGCAGGGCAUCCCUCUGAGACGCUCACCCCUUUAGUGGUGUGGGGAGCUGGAGUCCAUAGUGCUCUUAGAGUCACUGAACCCCAGCUGUAUGACGAUGGAUACCUACAAGAUUGGAAACUGGAGCACCUCCGUAGGGUCGAUGUCAGUCAGGCUGACAUUGCUCCCCUCAUGGCUUCUCUCAUCGGCGUGCCCAUUCCUGUCAACUCAGUUGGUGUCUUACCUCUUCUCUACCUGAACAACAGUGACCUGUUCAAAGCAGAGAGCAUGUACACUAAUGCUAUUCAAGUACUACAGCAGUUCAAGAUGAAAAUGACCCAGAAAAAGGAGACAACCUUGUCUUUUCUCUUCACCCCAUACCAACAACUGACUGAGUCAGAACAAGCAGAGUUCACCCACAAAGCCAGAAUACAGAUUCAGCUGGAGAAGUACGGAGAUGCUAUCUCUCUGUGCAAGUCCCUGAUCUCCCGCUCCUUGGAGGGCCUGGUGUACUACCAUACCUACGACAGGUUCUUCCUGGGUUGCAGUGUGGUGCUGGGAUUCGUAGGCUGGACCUCAUAUGUUGUCUUGGUCAUCCUUAAGACUCAUGCCAGCCUCCACAGACACCCCAGUCUCCUCAACCAGACUCCCAGCUAUACUCUGGAGAGGCUGUGUCUGUGUGUGACAGUAGUGAUCGCUGGGUUCCUGCUGAUCCAAAGGAGCCCAGUUACCUAUUAUAUCUACUGCCUGCUGCCUGUCCCUGUAUGGUACUCUGUCCUGAAAGAGUCUGGCACUCUGACAGAUUUGAUCAAGUCUGCACCUUCUCUUCCACUGUGGAAGUGUCUUGGUUAUUUUGUGCUGGUGGCAUUUGGAAUUGAGUUACUGGUGGUGAGUUUCUUCCAUCGCGCCAUGCUGACUGUGGGCCUGGCUGUCCUGUCUCUCUGGCCCUUCCUGUCAGGACUCUUUGGGAGGGCCAAGGUAACCAUGUCACAGAUUCUGGCUCCUAAGCCAUUUGCAAAAAUAAACUCUUUAUAUUCUGUUUGUCUGCUCAGUACUUGUGCAGGUUUGCUCACCCUCUUCACUUCAGCCUGUUUCCUCUGGUCAUUGCGACAGAGAACGCUGCUGAGCUUUGGUGACAGACAGCAGUUUGUUACCCAGAUGCUCCAUGUGGCAGUGUGUGCGUACGUGCCCUCCCUCACACACUCCAGCCUGCAGCAAAAACAGGGCCUGCCGCUUCUUAAUCAGAUCAUCAGCUGGACCACGUUAGGAUCGUCUAUACUGGUUCCAUUGUUGAGCUCUACUCGUCUUUUUCAUCGACUGCUCAGCAUCUUCCUCUCUCUCACGGCCACGUACCUGCUGCUCAGCACCGGGUCAGAGGCCUUGUUCCUCCCUAUGUUAUCUUGGUUGAUGUUUGUGUGGAUCAACAUUGAGCAGGAAGCCAUGCUUGCACAGGGUGUCUCUGGCAGGCAAGAGCUCUCCACUAUUGAUUUCUCUGCAAACAUUGACAUCGCCAAGAUCCGACAUCUAAAGUUAGAUGACAUCAGAAGAUCUUAUUUCUUUGUAUUUUUUAUAAUAACAGCUUUCUUCGGCACAGGGAACAUAGCCUCCAUUAACAGUUUUGACCCAGCAUCCGUUUAUUGUUUCCUGACUGUGUUCAACCCCUUCAUCAUGGGAGGACUGAUGAUGUGGAAGGUGAUCAUUCCAUUCAUCAUAGUAAUGUGCACAUUUGAGACCAUCCAAGUCGUAACACAGCUUUCAUCAAGAAGUUUGUUCCUCAUAGUCCUGGUCAUCUCCGACCUGAUGGCUCUGCACUUUUUCUUCCUGGUGCAGGACUACGGCAGCUGGUUGGACAUUGGCACAAGCAUCAGCCACUAUGUGAUAGUGAUGUCAAUGACCAUCUUCCUGAUGCUGCUAAGUGUGGUCACACACAUCCUCACCUCUCAAAGACUCAUCCUGUGGAGGAGACACAAGUCACACUUCACUUGAAUUAGCAUAUGCUGUCUAGUGCACUUAUACACACACACACACACACACACACACACACACACA